AAUAUUAAUUCCUUCUAGAUUAAGGUAAAGUAUACAUUACCUUUUUCUCAAAAAGAGAGGGAAAAAAAAAAUUAAUGGGCUGUUUGGGCUUAUACAGCCCAAAACAUUGCACUAAUUAGAAAUCCAGCCCAGCAAAAGACACAUCAUGACCCACACCAAGAUAUAUUCCUGUUUGGAACUCCACAGCGGAUCCAUUUGGUGUCACAGCAAGGGCUUCAUAAGAAUCAUAACGGUCCUGCCAACGGGUUCCCGCUCAGAAAGGGGUGGUUACUCUAUGGAACAGGAACACCACCACCACCAGGCUUUCCCUCCUAACAACCAGAGGUCUCUAAGAACCUUAUCCACCACCACUCUGGGAGAGAGAUGACCCACACCAUCCCCUCCCUCAUCUUCAUCUUCUUCAUCCUCUUCAUUCUCUACCUCACCUUCUCGUCCCGUCCUCCGACCGCUCUCCGUCUCGCCUACCUCUCCAACACCUUUUCGAACACCACUUCUUCGACCCCAAUCUGUGACUAUUCCUCCGGAAAUUGGGUCUGGGACAUUACUAUCCCUCUCAGCUCUUACUCCGAGUCUUGUCGCUUCCUCGACCCCGGCUUCCAAUGCCGGAAUAAUGGCCGCAAUGAUACCCAGUAUCUCAAUUGGCGGUGGCAGCCUUCCCAUUGCGACCUUCUCAGAUUCAAUGCAAGGGCGAUGUUGGAGAGGAAUAGAAACAAAAGGAUUGUGUUUGUCGGGGAUUCGAUUGGCCGGAACCAAUGGGAGUCUCUGCUGUGUAUGCUUGCAAGUGGAGUUGAGAACCAGUCUAGCAUCUAUGAGCUUCAUGGACUUCCUAUUAGCAAACACACAGGAGCUUUCUUUGUUAUGAGAUUCGACGAUUUUAAUCUCACUGUUGAAUAUUACCGUACUCCUUACCUCGUGCUCAUCCAGCCACCACCGCCUGAUGCUGACGUGCAGGUUCGCAAGGUCAUACAUGUCGACAAGAUGCAAUGGCAGUCCAAGUAUUGGGUCAAUGCAGAUGUGCUCAUCUUUCAUGUUGGUCGCUGGUGGGGUUCUACAAAGAUAACGAUGAAGGGACACUACUUUCAGGAAGGUGAAACUAUUAACAUGACAAUGGAUGUGAAGGAAGGGUUCAGGAGAUCUCUGCAAACAUGGAAGCAAUGGGCUGUUUCAAAUCUCAAUCAGGAGAAGACCCUUGCAUUCUUCAACAGCUAUUCUCCUUCGCAUUUCAGGCGAGCAAGUUCCAAUGAAUUGUCGAAGAAACUUAAUUCAAUCCAAUGGCCUGACCUUUUUAAUUUUUGCAGAAAUGGAACAUGGGAGACUGGAGGUUCAUGUCAGCAAAACAUAGAACCAGAGACCAAUCUCACUGCAUUUGAACAUGAGCCAUGGCACAACCAAGUUAUCACUGAAACAAUUGAAGGGAUGAAAAUGGUUAAGCUUUUGAACAUCACUUACUUAUCCAAUCUGAGGAAAGAUGGCCACCCUUCAAGUCACCGGGAACCGGCAUUUCGAGCCGAAAAUAUCGAGGAUUGCAGCCAUUGGUGUCUUCCUGGAGUUCCAGAUAUCUGGAAUGAGCUUCUUUAUGCUUACAUCUUGUCCAAUGACCACAGAACCAGUUAG